AUGAACGGGGAUCAGCCCAGCCCCUGCGGCCAGCUCAAUGGUUUUUUGCAGGUCACCUUUAAAGGGCCUGUACCUGAGCAAGACUUUUUACUCUUGAUUUUUUUAAACAAAUUAUUACGUAAGAGUUUGGAGAUAUAUUGCAGGAGUCUCCUGCUUGAGAUGGAAGAGUUGGUAACUGUUGCUACUAUACCUGCUUCGGUGCUUGUAUAUUGUGGGGGUGAACAGUUUGGCAGUGAAAUGCUCUGUAAAAAACGGGAGGACUAUUUGGAAUGGCCUGAAUAUUUUAUGGCAGUAGCCUUCUUAUCAGCACAAAGAAGCAAGGAUCCAAAUUCUCAGGUUGGUGCUUGCAUUGUGAAUUCAGAAAACAAGAUUGUUGGAAUUGGAUAUAAUGGGAUGCCUAACGGUUGCAGUGAUGAUUUGCUGCCCUGGACGAGAACAGCACAGAGUAAACUAGACACAAAAUAUCCUUACGUGUGCCAUGCUGAAUUGAAUGCCAUUAUGAACAAAAACUCAGCUGAUGUGAAAGGUUGCAGCAUGUAUGUUGCCUUGUUUCCAUGUAAUGAAUGUGCAAAGCUCAUCAUCCAGGCAGGUAUAAAAGAAGUUAUUUUUAUGUCUGACAAAUACCAUGAUAGCCCUGAAAUGACAGCUGCCCGGCGCCUGUUUGAUUUAGCUGGAAUUAUAUACAGGAAAUUCAAACCAAAGUGCAAUAAGAUCAUCAUUGACUUUGAUUCAAUUAACGGCAGACCGAGUCAAAAGCCUCUGUGA